AAAAAGAAUUCACUUCUCAAAACAACAAGAUCUAAAAGAAACCAUAUUGUUAUUUUGUUUUUGUUUUGUCUCUCUCGAAUUAAUAGAAAUGGAGCCGAAGCAGAUCAAAGCUAUGUUCUUUAUCUUAACAAUGAUUAUGGCUUUGGUUUGUCAUCAUCAAUCAGAAGCUAUGCCAUAUAUUGGUCGACUGAAAUGCAUUGUAUCACUAAGGAGCGUUGAGGGUUGUAUGGAGGCCAUAGAGAAAGCUACAAAGGGAGACAAUCAUGGUUUGGAUAAGGAAUGCUGCGACGCCAUUCGUGGCCUCGCCAAUGACUGUUUGCCGAUUAUCUUCUCCGGAGGACCCGCCAUUGGCUUAGUCGUUCAAGCUGCUUGUUCCCGUAUAUUAGAUGACGUUAAUUAAUUAUAGAACAUAAUUAUAAUUAAAAAAAAGAGCUGGGUCACUAUACAAUUGUAUCAUGCAUGGUUUUUUUUUUAAAAAAGGGGAAAAGGGAGACAGAUAUAUCAAACGUCAAUAAACUGCUAUAUAAUUUUCUAGAACUGUAUGUAUUAUAUAAUAAUUUUUCUUUCCUGGCCGAA